UACAUCGAGCACAUGCCGGAAAUGACGGUGUAUGUGAGCACAUUUCAGGGAAUCGGAAGCGAGGAGAAGUGGACAUAUGAGACGCGACGUCUGGCGGAGACGUUACGUAACGAACACAACGUCAGAAUGGACUUUUAUGUCACCGCGACCUACAUCAGUCCCUUCCAGAUCGUAUCGGACAGACAUGAGAUUUGGUUUGUCAAAUUCGACCCUAAACACAGACUCGCCAUUAAAAACAAAACCCCAGAACUCAGAUACGGAUCUCAGAAACUCGAGGUACCCGCCAUGUUUUCUUGGGCGCUCGGUCUUCUACUGACCUACAUUUCCAUUCUUAUCUCUGUUGUGAAAACCACGUUCAAUGUGUCAGUGUUCGUCAAAAACAACUGGAACGAUAUCAAGGAACGCGUGGUCGUCGUCGCGAAGACGCUUCAAGACAACGUCAUCGUUGGCGCUAUAUCGAGGUCGGGCGUAGCCGUUAUCGCGUCACUAUGGAAACUCACAACUGCUGUGGUGACGGGCGUUUCUGACAGUGCAAAUGACAUUGACCAGUCGCCAACUCCGCCCACAUUUUGUCGAUCAGCCAAUCAGAUAUCGAUUUUUCACACACCCCUCAGCAACGCUUAUCCGGCCGCCAUUUUGUCCGACAAACAAAGCGUGUUGUACAUAUGGAAUGAACGUAAUUUUUUAGAGUUUACACAGAUUUUAUAUCAAAUGCAUGAUCAUUACUGUUCGAUCAUUAUUCAAAAUUGUAGGUGCUAUACAUACUUUAUAAAAGGUUAUUAUUUUAUCUUUUUUUCUUGAACAUAUGAACGAGUAAUGAGAAAACAAACACAAUAAAUAGUUUAACCACACCAGGUGUGUGUUCUAUAAAACUUGUUAUACCGUUUGAUGCACAAUAUUUUUAAGCAGUUUGGGCAACAUAAUAAUUGCCACACGUGCUUAUUAAUCUCAGCGUAAUUGUCGAUGAUUAAUAAAUAACAGUAUGUUGCGUGGAUCUCAGAAUGAAGGAACAUUAAGGCAUUGUUAGGUACUGCACACAAGAAAAGAAAACUAUUUAAUUACUUAAAUGAUUUCCAAUUAUAUAUUUAUUUUCUGUGGAUCAUAAACAAGGGAAAUCAUUAUAAAUUGUUAACUUAAAUAUUGUUUUAACUAAAGUAAAAACAACAAAAAGGUGAUUUCAACGCGGCUUAGCCAGCUUAAAGCGACUUCAAGUGUAAAAUGUACGGCUUAUAUUACAACAACAACAUUUCUAAUACAACAUACAUUGUCACUGGAGAAAUGUGAAAACUGCAAUUAACAUAUAAGGGCCAUCUUGUUAUAAAUAAGCAAAUGCAUAAUAUGCUAAAUGUAUUCAAUUCGAAUGUUCGUGAACAGCACCGUAAUACCAACAUUUCAUUUUUUGAUAGUGAAAUGUAACAGGUUCGCAUUAAACAUAAAUGUAAUAAAAUGCAUAUUAGACUAUCUGUUAAUGAAACCACGAUAUCAGGCCUGUAUUAAAUUAUGGUUACAAUAAAAAUUUAAUUUAUAUCUAAAUAAAAAAAAUCGGUGUCUUUUUAAAAAUAACACAAUAAAACAAAGAUCUAAACAUUUUUAAUAAACAAAAAACCCAUCAUGAUAUGGAUAUGUCAUUUGAAUUUAAUAAUAAUAUUUUCAAAAUUAUAUAUGAAUAGCCACCGGGUUCACUGUCAGACGGUUGAAUACAAGUUCAAAAUCAAUAUGAAAUAAAUGCUCAUUUUUACGACGGAUUUUUCAUCACCUCCCUAUAUAAUAUGUAUAAGAAACGUUUCUGAUAGUCAGUCUGCCGUUAACUCAUUUAUUUUGAUUACGCCAUUUCUCUCUAAAGUUUUUUUGAUUGUAUAAACGUUUUACAAAGCAGGUUAGUUUAGUGUGCGGCUUUAAUAAUUUAUUUUAUAGAAAAGAGCAUAAUACAUCAUUACAGAUAUAGAAUUUCCCUCACGUAAUCCGCUAUAAUUGCGAUCUGCUUGUCGGAGUUUUCUAAUCACUAGACCACGUGACUAUGUGGGCGGAGCGAUCGAUAAUUUAGCGACUGGUCAAUUGCGCAAUGAUUUGUCGUGUCUUUAUAAAAAACGUUUUUCUUUUUGUUAUAAUUUCUUUUAUUUAUCAUUUUCUAUAGCCCACUGGUUUUGUAAGUGUCAUUUCUGUAGUUUUUUUAACAUCCAAUAUAAAAGGGUAUUCAAUAAACGUUUUGAAUAUUCUUUGAAUUUAAAAGUUCAAGUUCACCCUAAAAAUUAAAAAAGAAAAUCUAUAAACUUCCCCUCCUUCCCUAUUUUGGAGUCACGUUACAUCAAACAAACACAUUUUGAAUAAUUCAUACAGCUUAUGAUACUAAUUAUGUGGUAAUAAAACGUCUGCUGAUUAUGUAUUUAUGUAUAAGAUUACCUAUAAAUACACAAUCAGCAGACGCCUGAGUAAAUAUGAAUACAUUCGGAAAUCGCAUUAGUAGCCACGUCUGGUUAUCCCUGAGGGGAAAUAAUGUGACUCUUAAAUAUAAUUACAUAACCUUUUAUCCCAUUUUCACCGCGACAUUGACGGUAUAACACCUUAUGGAAUAUACUAGCCUGUAUCCAACACUGUGGGAUAUACCUGUCUUCGCACUCGUGAUUUAAUUCCUACGCAUCUAUACUCCUUACUGUGGGUUAUUCGAUAACAAACCAUGAUAGAAAAAUAUUAUUUCUUAAGUAAUAGGAUGACAUAAGGGUCUUUAUUUAACUAUGCUAAAAUAUUAUUAAAGACCCUAGAUGCAAAAUCGUCAACUAUUGAGUUAAAUGGAUUAUUAGAUGGAUUUUAAAGGAUAAUUAAAGCUUUAUUAGCAAUGGUGAAGCUUCACGACUUGAACUUGGCUAUGGAGACCUUACUGCCCGGAAUGCUUCGGACCCUGACUCCGCGUGUGGGGGUGCAGACCAAUAAGCCAUCCGACCAGACGACACUUAAGCAACCACUCAACUACACUGUUGUAAGCAAAACAGAGACGUAUGAGGAGCGCUUGUACCCGCGCAGCACGUGGUUGUGUACCACUGUUCAGAGCCUGUACCAGGAUACGGCCAGGGUGGAGGGGUUCCGGCACCUGCAGGCUUACACACAGGGAGACAACUCGGUCGGGGCCCAGUUGGUUAUGAAGCCACCGAUACUGACCCGCAUUUCUGCCGAAGGCGGCGAAGAUUUUCAGCGGAAUUUCGUUGUGUGUACGCAUCUGCCGCUAGGAGACGAAAACGGGCAUCCAGAUCCCACCAAUGAUCACGUGUACAUCGAGCACAUGCCGGAAAUGACGGUGUAUGUGAGCACAUUUCAGGGCAUCGCAAACGAGGAGAAGUGGACGUAUGAGACACGACGUCUGGCGGAGACGUUACGUAACGCACACAACGUAAGAAUGGACUUCUACGUCACCGCGACCUACAACAGUCCCUUCCAGAUCGUAUCGGACAGACAUGAGAUUUGGUUUGUCAAAUUCGACCCUACACACAGACUCGCCAUAAAAAACAAAACCCCAGAACUCAGAUACGGAUCUCAGAAACUCGAGGUACCCGCCAUGUUUUCUUGGGCGCUCGGUCUUCUACUGACCUACAUUUCCAUUCUUAUAUCUGUUGUGAAAACGUCGUUCAACGUGUCAGUGUUCGUAAAAAACAACUGGUAUGAUAUAAAGGAACGCGUGGUCGUCGUCGCUAAGACGCUACACGACAACAUCUCCGUCGGCGCUUUAUCGAGGUCGGGCGUGGCCAUUAUCUCGUCGCUAUGGAAACUCACAACUGCCGUGGUGACGGGCGACAGAGCAAAAUGACAGUUUUCAAUAGUUGCGAUGAUAAUAAUAUAAUGUUUAAAUACAUUGUAUAUGUAACAUGCAAAUCUAUUACCUCCCAAUCAAUUUUAACCUUAACUGGAUCAUCGAAUGGAUAAGACAGAAAAUGAGACUAUGACUCGUAGAAUAAUGUGUGUAUAAAGCUAUUUGUUAAAUUGUGCAUUGCAAUAGGAAAUAUUACGGCAUGUAACAAUAUGUGUCGCGUUCUGAGAAAACUGGGCAUAAUGUAUGUGCGUAAAGUGUCAUCCCAGAUUAGCCUGUGCAAUCCGCACAGGCUAAUUGGGGACGACACAUUCCGCCUUAAUUGGAUUUUUGCUAAGAAGAGACUUCAUUUAAACAAAAAAUGUCGUAAAAGCGGAAAGUGUCGUCCCUGAUUAGCCUGUGCGGACUGCACAGGCUAAUCUGGGACGACACUUUACGCACAUGCAUUAUGCCCAGUUUUUUUCAUAACACGACUCAUAUAUUGACAGGUACAGGUCACAACAUCGAUUACCUGACAGCAAUAACACGAAUGCCUGCAAUGUGCCAGUGUGUGCUGUUAGUAUUAUGAAUUGUUUAUAACUUUAUUGUUGUUGUUGUUGUGUGGUUUAAAUUGCUAUUCUAGAUCUAACUUUUUUAGCUACGAUUUCUCGUAUUAUAUACACGCAUAAAACGUUUAUUUUGUUUUGUGGAUAUAGUUGUCCGAAAUUUUGAAA